AAUUUAAUCUCUUUUGUCAGUGAAAAGAAUAAUAUAUUUGAAAAAUGUCGUCGAGAGAAACAGGGGUAUCUUUACCCCAUUCUCAAAGUAGUCCAAGUGGUAUGGAUUGUGUAUCUUCCUCUCCAGAACCAAAAAGAGUAGGACGUAUGAUGUCAGUAGAAAUCCAUUUUCUUGAUGAUUCAGUAAAUAUGUUUCAAAUCCAGUAUAAAACACUGGGACAUAUAUUAUUUGAACAGGUUUGUAGAAUGUUGAAUCUUUUAGAAGUUGAUUACUUUGGACUUCAAUAUUCUGACGCAUCAGGAACAAAAACCUCUUCUCAAUCCAAAUCUCAGGCUAAGCACCCUUUCCUCGAUCCAACAUCACCUUAUAUCCAAGUUUUGAAUCCGUUGGCUGACCAAUCAGGAGCUGAGCUGAGCUUUGUAUCAGGUCCGCUUCAGUUGAUAUCCUGUCUCAACUUGUCCAGGAUGACUCGCCAACCAUCACUUUCUAGACCAUGUGCUUCGACAUUUUAUUUUGUUACAUGUUGGCAAACAAUAAUGGAACAACGUGCUGUUAUUAAAUUUUACACUAAACUUGGCACAAGUGCCACAGAAACGUUCAAAAUGAUGCAGAAAAUGUAUGGAAGUGUGUGUUUAUCACGGUCAAAGACUUUUGAGUGGCACAAGCGAUUUUUGGAAGGCAGACAAUCACUGGAGGAUGACAAAUGUGUGGGAAGGCCAAUAACAGUUCAAACAGCAGAUUCAAUUCAAAAAUUGCAAGAAUUUGUAUCCAACGAUUGCAAUGCAACACUGAGAAUGAUGGAACAGGCAUUAAACAUUAACAAAGAGACAAUACGAGAAAUUAUUAAAGAAGAUUUUGGCAAAACAAAGGUCUGUGCUAAAUUUGUUCCGCACACACUAACCCAAGACCAAAAAUUGAUGAGACUGGAACAUUCCAGAGAGAUUGUACGAGCAGCAAAUAACAGCUCAACCUUCCUCAAAUCAAUUGUUACUGGUGACGAGACCUGGUAUCUAUUUACACUUCAGUUAAAGAAAGAUCUUGCUCAAGGUAUUCUUCAAUGUAAUGAUAACACAGCUGCUCUCAUGGCUUCCUAUAUUGUUCAAGCAGAGUGUGGUGAUUAUGUAUCUGAAGAUUAUCCUGAUCACACUUAUUUGUCUUCCUUCAAGUUUGUUCCCCAUCAGGAUGCUGAAUUUCAAAAGAAAAUUAUGGAAAAUCAUAAGAAACACGUUGGACAGUCUCCUGCUGAAGCAGAUUUGAAUCUGUUAGAAACUGCUCGUAGAUGUGAACUCUAUGGCAUAAAAAUGACUUCAGCUAAGGAUCAUGAAGGUGUUCCAUUAAAUUUAGCUGUUGCACAUAUGGGAGUAUUAGUCUUUCAGAAUUUCACAAAAAUAAAUACCUUUUCUUGGGCCAAAAUUCGUAAAUUAAGUUUUAAGCGAAAACGCUUUCUGAUUAAAUUACAUCCAGAAGGAUAUGGAUAUUAUAAAGAUACUGUGGAAUUCUUUUUUGAAGGACGAAAUGAAUGUAAAAACUUCUGGAAGAAAUGUAUUGAAAAUCACGCUUUCUUUCGAUGUGCAGAAGUGAGAAAGACAUCACGUCAAAAAACUAGAUUGUUUAGCAGAGGAUCAUCAUUCAGGUAUAGUGGAAGAACACAGAAACAAAUGGUAGAAUAUGUUCGUGAGAACUAUGUUAAAAGACAGAAUUUUCAAAGAUCCACUAGCCUUCGGAUACCGAGUACUUCUCAUAGAGGUGUAGGAACUGUGGGCACAUCAAUAUCUGCUCAACCUCUUCUUCCAGUCAGUAAUAGUCAAUCAUGUGGCUCUGUGAUCUUAACAAGGGAGGAAAAUACUAGUCCUUCUCCUUCUCCCAAAUUGACUUCUGCAUCACAACCAUCAUCUCCACGGCUUUCUCAAGAACCAGUAAGAGUUGUUGCAAAUGGAAGUAUAUGUACAGAAGGACAGAAAACUCCAGACAGGCGAGACCUUCCACCAGCUUUUGAAUCUCCACCUCCUUAUCAAUCUCCAUCAAAAGAAAACUCCAGCCCAAGUGGUCAUCAGAAAAGCAGCACUGGUCCAAGUGAAACAGCUUCCUUAUCAAUACGAGGCUUAUCAAGUGAUGAUGAUGCCAGUCGUUCUCCCACUUCACCUCUGCGUAGCCUUGUUGAAGACAGACAAGUAACAUCAAAAUCUGAUGGCAAUUCAGAUAUAUGUCGGAGAAGAUUACCUACAGACAGAGCUUAUUUUAUUGCUAAAGAAAUGGUAAUGACUGAAAGAACUUACAAAAAAGACCUGGAACUAAUAAAUGUGUGGUUUAGAGAAGAAGUCAGUAAAGAAGAAAAUAUGCCAACAGAUAUUUUAGCAGUUUUAUUUUCAUUAAUUGAUCCAUUAUAUGAAUUUCAUUGUUCGUUACUUAGAGAUUUAGAACAAAGGCUUGUAGCUUGGGAAGGAAGGACAAAUUCUCAUUCCAAUAUACAAGGUGUUGGUGACAUAUUGCUACAGAGAAUUGAAAUAACUGAGGAAAAUUAUGUAAAAUUAAUGGAAUUGCAGCGAGAUCUUAUUGGAAUUGAUAAUAUUGUUCAUUCUAAUCGGGAAUUUAUUCGUGAGGGAUGUCUACAAAAGUUAUCAAGAAAAGGUUAUCAACAAAGAAUGUUUUUCCUGUUUUCAGAUAUGCUUUUAUAUACUAGUCGUGCAGCUACUCCUCAGUUACAGUUUAAAGUUCAUGGGCAGCUGCUUUUACAAGGAGUUAUGGUAGAAGAAACAGAACCAAGAAUGGGAGUGAAUCAUUGUUUCACAAUUUAUGGAGGAAAUCGAGCACUUAUGGUGGCUGCUAAUUCUGAAGUUGAAAAGAAGAAAUGGUUGGAUGAUUUGAGUGCAGCUAUUCAGAGAGUUCAAGUGCAACGAGAUAUUUCCAAAAUAAUGUAUUCUAGUCUACAUUCAUGUAGUAAGUUACUAUUAUUUAAAAUAUUCACCACAGCAAAAACUGGCUGUUUAAAAUAAAAUUACAC